AUGCCCUCCUCCAUUUCCCCCCUAAACAGCUACAAAGCACCACCAACCCCAUCCCUCUCCGCCCAAGCAUUCCACAUCGCAGGCAUCCAGACCACCGUCUAUGGCAUGUCCGAGAUUCACGCCAACAAUGUCUCCGAAGUAGUCUGCGUAUGGCUCAUGCAUCCUCGACUCGACUCGCAAAAUGAUGUGGCCGAGGUCGCCAGGAGGAUUGUCCAUGACCACUAUCAACGCUCAGCAGCUGAGUCUUCUGUGUCAAAAGGGAGGAAGAAGAGGGGGUUGAUAGCAGUCACGUUCGAUGCAAGGAAUCAUGGCUCGAGAGAGAUUGAUCGUUUGUCGAAUGAGGUUUGGAGAACGGGGAAUGAGAAUCAUGCUUCUGAUAUGUUUUCUGUAUACUCCGGCACGGCAGAGGACAUAUCAACCCUAAUCGACUUCUUACCAGCGUACAUCUUUCCCACGAGCCAAUACUCCAUAGCCACCCAUUUUGCGCUGGGAAUUUCUCUGGGCGGCCAUACAACCUGGCUUGCUCUUGUACACGAACCACGCAUCACUACCGGUGUCGUCGUGGUGGGUAUGCCGGAUUACAUUGCGCUAAUGACUGAUCGAGCCCGACUUUCGAAGCUAUCUACCUAUUUACAGCCGAGCGAUGCACCAGGGAGCCAGUUUUUGGGAUCGAGACACUUUCCAUCUUCACUGCUAGAGGUCGUUCGCAAGAGAGAUCCGGCUGCUUUCCUGACCGGUGGUAUUUCGGACAAUCUGUCCCGAGGCGAGUACGAUGUUAAGUCCGUAGAGAUUAUUAACCGUCAUCUGGGCGGAAAGAGGAUUCUGUGCAUGUCUGGUGCGACUGAUAAGUUGGUGCCGUAUCGGCUGACGGAGUCGUUUAUGACUUGGUUGAAGAAUCACGCUGCUACUGGAAGCAAUGUAAAUAUGGGUGGUGGGCCGAUUCAGAAGGCGGAUCUGUGGAUCCAGGAUACUGUGUAUCAAAACACAGCCCACGACUUUACGGAGGCAAUGAUGGAUGAAGCGCUAGUGUUUAUGCACAAGUCUGUGUUGAAGCUGGAUGAGACGAAAGACGAUGUGAAGAGUAAUCUAUAA